AGCUACCCCACGUGCACUAUAGUCUUUUCCACACCGAAUAUCCUGAGUCUGUCCUUUCACUCCUGCUCUCCAUUGUCUGUUCGCCUUUUAAUUGAUUCGACAAGAUGCAGGUACCAUUGAUCCGAUUGCAGUGCGGUGUGAACAGCUACGAAUGGGGAAAGAUCGGUUCUAGCUCUGCCGCUGCAAAGUAUGCUGCCGCCACUCCGUCAGAUGGCUUCUCAAUCCAGGAAGAAAAGCCGUAUGCUGAGCUGUGGAUGGGAACACAUCCCUCAAACCCAAGCAAAGACCUGCAGACUGGCCGAACCCUUCUAGAGCUUGUCCAGGACAAUCAAGCGCUGAUGUCGAAGGAAGUCAGUGAAAAGUACCAGAACAAGCUGCCGUUUCUCUUCAAAGUGCUUUCCAUCAACAAAGCCCUCAGCAUUCAAGCACACCCGAACAAAAAGCUCGCGGAGCAGCUGCAUGCCAAGGACCCAAAGAACUACCCGGAUGACAACCACAAGCCGGAGAUGACGAUUGCCAUCACCGACUUCGAAGGUCUCUGCGGCUUCCGCCCACUGAACGAAAUCGCGCACUUUCUCUUCACAGUUCCGGCACUUCGCCAGCUCGUCGGAGAAGACGAAGCCAAGAGCUUCACGGCCACGGUCGCUGGAUCAGAUGAGUCCGCCAAAAAAGAGGCGCUCAAGUCGGCCUUUACGAAGCUUAUGUCGUCCAGCAAGGACUCGAUCGAAUCCGCCACGGCCGCUCUUCUUGAGCAAGCCUCGACGGAAAAGGACGCCUUCGCCGGCUCUGGUGGCCCCUCGAACACGGGCGCCCAGCUCGCCGAGCUGGUGAAGCGCCUGAACAGCCAGUUCCCUAACGACAUCGGCCUCUUCGUGCUGUUCUUCCUCAAUUACGUGACGCUGUCCCCUGGCGAGGCUAUGUUCCUGCGCGCGGACGACAUCCACGCCUACAUCUCGGGCGACAUCGUGGAGUGCAUGGCCGCGUCCGACAACGUCAUCCGCGCCGGCUUCACACCCAAGUUCAAGGACGUCGAGACCCUGACCAGCACGCUGACGUACAGCUACGCGCCCAUCGACGAGCAGAAGAUGCAGCCGAUCGACUACCCGUACGUGACGCUGAACCGCGCCGCAUACAGCAACGCCAGCGAGGCGAAGCUGUACGACCCUCCCAUCGAGGAGUUCGCCGUCGUGAGGACGGUGCUGCAGGGCGAGGGCGCCAAGGCAACUUUUGACCCGAUCGAAGGCCCUAGCAUUCUCAUCUGCACGGAGGGGUCGGGCAAGAUCUCGGUAGGGCCAAAGACCGAAGAAGUCAAGCCUGGUUACGUAUUCUUUAUUGGAGCCACCGCGGAGGCUGUCCUUGAGGCUGACAGCAAGGACCAAUUUGUCACCUUCAAGGCAUUCUGUGAGCUCGACAGCAAGGGGGGAAAGCUAUAGAUAAGCCCCGUGCGCGGCACCAUUGGACGUAGACACGAGUGAAGAAUUGGUCUCGAAGUUGUCGAAAGUGAAUUCACGAGGCCCCGAGAGAGAAAGAGUCACAGAAAGAGAAAUGAACUUUGUAUAUGCUCUCUCAUCACAAGAUGAACGAUGGUUCACAAGUGAUUGAAAAAAUAAAUAAAUAAAAGACCUGCUUUCUCGGAGAUAUUACAAUAGUGUUUUUUUUUUCUAGCGUUAUAAGAAGACAACAUAAGCCCG